CGGCCCCGGGGACCCCGCCGGAGGUGCAGCGAGUAACGGCAGCGAUGGCCCCGCGCCGCCGCCCUGAGGGGGUUGAGGUGGCGGCGGCUGAGCUCGCCUCGCGCCUCCAGGGCUGCCCCGGCCCGGCCCGGCCCGGCUCUCCGGGGCUGAUCGCGACUCUCUCGUGCGGCUGCCUCCGCUCCGGGGCUGGGAAGAGCUCCAAGGAAAGGGGAGAGGGCGGGUGGUUGUGUGCGGCUUGUGCGGGGCUGGGGUGCCGUGGUGCCUCAGAGCCCCCUUUGAGGGGUCCUGGGUGUUACGGGGGUGCACAGACAGGUACCGGCGUUUAACUCGCAAAUUAUGCUCCAGUAAAGCUCACUAUACCAAGUGGAGAUUUCAGCAGGAGCUACACCUGUGUGCCCAAAGGAGGAUCUUCAUCAGGGAGUUUUGCUGGAUACACAGACACGUUGCUGGAAAACAAUGUCCCUUGACUUUGAUAGUGGAACUCUACAAACACAACAUGAAGAUGAAGACUAUGACCAAGAAGAUUAUGCAAGAGAACAAGAGUUGCAACAACUGUUGACAGACCUUCCCCAUGAUAUGCUGGAGGACAGUGGAGACCAGCUCUCCAGCUAUUCAGACUGCAGCAUUCAGGAGACUGAGCAGCAAUCACAUGAGCCUGGGAAGCACGAUGGGAGGUGGAAUGAUCAUCCAUUGAUAAGUGAUCCUCAAAAUGGCUAUGAACAAGGACAAAAUAUGUACCCUGAACAAUUCUUGUGUGACCAGCAAAAUGAUGACGAGAAGAAACUUUUAUAUGAUGUUAAAGAAGAUUACCGUGGCCAGAACGGUCAAGAGGAUCCUGAUGAUGUGUAUCUUGGUAGAGAUGGGUUUAACUCUCCAAGUUGCUACCAACAGAACAAUGUGUAUCAUCUUCCUGAAAACUUCAGGCCAUAUACAAGUGGUCAUAAACCAGAGUUUAACAGUCAGCAAAAUAAAAUAAUAAAUUUUCCAGAUGCUCCAAAGGAACAUCUUAAGCAAUUUGUUGCAUCCGAUGUUGUCAGUGGCCAAUCACCAGAAUCUUACAAAGUGACUUACAAACCAUACCAAAAUGGCAUUCAUCAAAAUGUUCCAGUAGUCCAAGAAGGAAACAGAAGAAAUGAAGUGUUUGAAGAUUUGCAACGUGAAUUCUUGGCCAAUGAUGACAAUUCUACAGAAAAUAUGCAGAUUCUUCAACUUCAAGUUCUAAAUAAAGCAAGAGAAAGACAACUGGAAGAAUUUAAUGAAAAGCUAGAGAAGAGUGCACAGCAGAUUAGGUAUUUAAAUCAUCAGCUUUCGAUGGUCAAAGAUGAAAAGGAUGGUUUGGCUCUUAGUCUUCAUGAAUCUCAGAAACUCUAUCAGAAUGGAAAAGAACGGGAAAUGCAUCUUGAGGGUCAAAUCAAGGCCCUUGAAACUCAAAUCCAGACUCUUACUGCCAAUGAAGAGCAGAUGCUGAAGCAAUCCAAGGUGGCAGAGGUGGCCAUGGAGAGCUUGCAAAAGCAGCUGUUAGAACUUCAGCGAUCAGAUGCCCUUCAGCGAGCCAGAGAACAACAUGAGACUAUUGUUUCAGCACUAAAGCAGAAGUAUGAAAAGCAAGUACUAUCAUUAGAGCAGAAACUUGAUACUACAAAAUCUGCACUCAGAGAGCAGAAAGAGCUUUGCAAAAAUCUAGGAGACCAUGUUAAGCAACUUGAAAAAAGGCUGGAAGAAACCAAAUGUGAAAAAACAGAAAUAAUAAAUCGACUGACGAGAAGCCUAGAAGAAAGCCAAAAGCAAUGUGCAAAUUUACUGCAAACAGGCUCAAUGCAGGAGACAAAUCAGUUACGGUUUCAGUUGCAACAAGCUCAGUCUGCACACAUGAUGAGCAACGACAUGAACAAGGCUUUGCAGGAAGAAUUAACGGAACUGAAGGAAGAAAUAGCUUUGUAUGAAUCUGCUGCCAAGCUUGGAGUAUUUUUGAAUGAUGCAAGUGGAGAGCAGCAUAUGAACCUGGGUGAAUCCUAUGUAGAUUUGGGAAUUAAAAAAACCACUGGGAAGAAACCAAAGUUCUGCAGUGCAAUACAGAACAGAGACAUGGAUAAAGAACUCUCCAAAGAUGAAAUUAUUGUAGAAUUAAAAGCUGAGCUGGAACGUUUAUUAAACAGUAAUAAAAUGAAGAGAAACCAGGUUACUCAGUUACAAAAUGAUCUUAAAGAUUGCCAGAAGACACUAGAGGAAUACAAACUGAAAGCAGAAAAAGCAUCAAAAGAGUCAGAGCCUGUCACAAAUCUAACUGAUACUUCAGUGGCUAGUCCUUUGGUUUCUGAUAAUCUAAAGGAAGAAGUUCUGAGACUCAAAAAGGCUAAUGAAGCUUUGCUACAGGAAGUUGAGGCCCAUGCUUUGACUAUUGAAGAACUGAAGGAAAAUGAGGAAAAACUGAAAAGCUUAAAUCAAGAUCUCUGUUGUCAGAUGAGAAAGAUGGUUCAAGAUUUUGAUCAUGAUAAACAAGAAGCCAUUGACAGAUGUGAAAGAACUUACCAGCAACAUCAUGAAGAUACAAAGGCACAUUUUGAGAAAGACCUGAUGGAGAGGUUUGCUGUGGAGAAGCAGCAGCUUAUUCAGAUCUAUGAAGAGACAAUCUCGCAGUUAAAGGCUAAUAUAGAGGAGCUGAACAAAGAGAUGACUGCAGUGAAGGAAUGUUACAUUGGAGUCUGUGGGGAGAAGGACACCUUGGAAUCUACUUUAAGGAAGAAGUUUGAACAAGAGCAGCAGUUGAAGGAAGAAAAGCUCAAGAAACAGCUAGUAGAAGAAAAAGAAGUCUCUCUUAAACUUCUGAGGAGUGAGCUUGAAGAGAAACACAGCAGGUCAAUGAUAGCAGCAAAGAGGAAGUGGCUGGAAGAACAAGAACAGCAGGUUGAAGAGAAAGUUGCAUUAGCUAAAGUUGACUGGGAGAAGGAAGAAAAAGAGAAUAAAGAACAAGUCUUUGCAAAAAUAGAAAGAGAAUGGCAAAGUAGGCUGGAAGAAAUGAGAAGAACUAUAGUUGAAUGUAAUGACUGCAGCUGCCAAACUGACCAAGUAACAGCUGUGGAUGAUGUUCCAACUAAAGAGUUAGAAGGGACUGUCGAAGACCAGAGGCUGCAGAUCCAGAAGGCUCAGAGAGAAAAUAUGGCCUCUGAAGAGGCCUUAAAAGAAUUUGAAUUAGAACUGGAAAAUAAAUACCGUAAAAAUCUUGCCAGCCAGGUAGAUGCAGCUUUAACCCAAGCUCAUGCCAAGUGGCUGCAAGAAUUAACAGACCUCAAAGAGUACAAACUAAAUCUAAAGAUAGAAAAAGAAAAAUGGGAAAAAGAACACCAAGCGACCACAGCAAAGCAGUUAGCCCUAGUUCUCUCAGCUGCUGAGGAGAAAUGGAAGAAGGAACAUGAGAGUACAGAGAGAUCUGGACCAAGAGUGAAAGAACUUGAAGAAAAGAUAAUUUCUCUCAGGAAGGAAUUGGAGCUAAAGAAAGAAGAAAUCCCUGCAGCCAUCAAAGCAGAACUAGCAAAGGCCCGUGCACAGUGGAACAAAGAAAAGCAAGAGGAAAUCCUGCAGAUACAAGAGCAAAAUGAGAGAGACUACAGAUCAUUCUUGGAUGAUCACAGAAACAGGAUUAAAGAGGUACUUGCAACAGCAAGGGAGGAUCUUGCAAAGCAGAAGAAUGAUCUCUCCAUUCAGAAAGAAGCAGAAAUAAAGAUGUUACUAGACCAAAAGCAGCAAGAAUGGGAGGCUCAGGAAGCCAAGAGACUGCAGGAUGAAGUUAAUCGCUAUGAGGAGAAGACUCUGGUUGAGCUUGAGUACCUGUUGAGUGAACUUCAUGAAGAACUAGUCAAGUGCACACAUAGUCAGCAUUCUUUGAAGGACAAGUGUUUUGACUCUCAUGUUCAAUUAAACAGUCAGUGCAAAGACAAACUGAAGGCCUGCUUACAGAAGGCCUAUAGGACCACAGUUUGCACAAUUCUGGAAAAGAAAGAGCGAGAAUGGAAAGAGAAGUAUGAAGAGUUAGUGAGUAAUGCAAAUAAAGAAUCAUACCCUUACCUGCAACACGGUGCAGGAGACCCUGGGGACAUGGCCAGAACUCCUUUGUGCAGUGUUGGACACCGAGCAGAAGCACAAAGGAGAUUAGGAAGACGGACACCCUUGCAGGAAACUGGAACAGACAAAGCAGUUACUGUUGCAAGUGAGAAAUGUACAAAAAGGAGUCUUGGGUCUCAGGAAGAUUUUUGCUGUGAACACUGCUGCCAGGAGCUUGAAAAAAGGGAGGCCAUGUGCCAGGACUUGAAAAGAGAGCUGGAGAUGGCCCACAAACAUCUUCAGCUUGCUGUAAAGCAACAUGAGGCUAAGUCAGAGCAUAUCCAAGAAAAUGAGAAGGCUCUAAUUACAGAAAACUCUGAGAUGAAGACUAAACUGAAUGACCAGGGGUCACCACCAAGGAUGCUGUCAAAGGGAGGCAUCUCAAAACCUUGUGCAUCCUCUGACUCCGUGAAAGGUCUGGAAGAAAUGCGUGCUCACUACAUCAAAGCUGUGAGCAAGAUUAAGUGCGACAUGCUUUGUUACAUCCGUGAAAGCAAGGAACGAGCUGCCGAGAUGAUUAAAGUGGAGGUUCUGAGAGAGCGCCAAGAGACGGCGCGGAAAAUGCGCAAAUACUAUUUGACAUGUCUUCAACAGCUCCUGACUGACAAUGGGAAACAUGAAGGAGCUGAAAAGAAAAUAAUAAAUGCUGCCAGCAAACUGGCUACAAUGGCUAAGGGACUUGAAACACCUCUUCGACACAUUCCCCAGGGCAAAUCUACCCGCUCAGCUCUGCAUUUAGUUUCUGAGCCUGGAGCUGAGUGCUCCAAAAGAGAUCGUGUGCUUCGGACCAGGUCAAACCAUAUGGAAAGCAAAUCAUGUGGUGAAAGCAGUACUGAGACAGCCAGUGAUAAAGUUGUCCAGAAGUGUGUGCCACGUGACUUGAGACAGCAGUUUGAUGCAACACAGACCGUAACUCAACAUAUGCUUCAUGAAACAGUGACUGCGGGUGUUCAGAAGAAUUCUAAAAGUCUGGAUGGUGCUUCUAGAGGUGCUCUACCAGAGUUUUAUCCAAAUGAAGAUGGAAGAAGAGGAAAAUAUGGCCCUAUUGUAAAUGUAGACAAAGGACCUUUGCAUGCUGCGAGUAAUACAGCACAUCAGCAUGCUCCUCCAUCUGCUUGUCAGGGAACAUUAGAACAUAUGCAGGAACCCAGAGUUACAAAUGGCCACACCAGCUCUGGGCCAGCUCAUCACAUGCUUAAGGGCAAGAAUGGAAGAACAGUCUCAAAAGAGGAUAAAUAUAUCCAAUCAUGUGGAAAAUGGAAAACUAAGUCUAAGAGAACUCAGGAAUUUAAUUUUAAAGACACUCCAGGAAGAGAUGAAGGAAGCAGCAGUGAAUGGAGUUCUGGGAAUGGAAGCCUGUAUCUGGACUGUGGUGAUUUGCCUCUCUUGUAUCCUCAACAAAAAGCCAGUAGUAAUGUCCAAGCACAGACUGUAUAUUGUGAAGAGUUUCCUCACAUCAGGUCAUCUUCCCCUGCAGAUGAAAAUGUUACAUCUUGGAGAGACAUUUCGAGUGGCAAUGGCAAGUUUCUCAGCACAUAAAGCAGCACAAAAGUUUACAGUAGAGACCAGCAGAUAACAAACACAGAGCAUGCUUCAAUCCUCAACUCUGACAAAUCAAAUUCUGCUGUCCCACAACCCAAAGCAUCAUCAGAUUCAGAUGGAGGAAAAUACUGCAACAAAUGCUUGGAGAAAAAUGGUGUGGGAUCCCAAGUCUCAUCGGCAAGAUAAUGAUUUUUAAUAGUCCACUUUCUAACUUGAACUGAUACCAGAAAUUCCUUGUUUGAAGGAAAAGAAGAUUAACUUGAUGUUUAAAUAAAAGUGUGAGGAUUGAGGAAAAUCUGUUCUACUGUGUCCAUUUCAUGAUCUUGAAUGUUACGUGAACAAAUUUUAUCAAGUUACUUGAAAUAUUAAUACAGACUUUUGUUUACCUUUGUAAUAACACUUUCAUAGUUGUUUAUAGUGUAUUAUACACAAAUUUAUUAAACAGAAUCUAUUUUUAUAUUCAA